AUGGACUACAACCAGCAUCACCACCCGUCAAACUCAAUUGACAACGCCGCAUAUCCCGGAGACUCGAGCUACCAGCCCGGCGGUCACCCCUCCAACUCCAUCAGCAAUGCCGCCUACCCUUCAGACUCAGCCUACCGGCCAUCUGACCCGACGAUGCCCACCGACGAUAAGCUCGCCAUGCCUAAUGCCCGUUACUCUCAAUCCUACAACAACAACAACAACAACAACAACAACAACAACAACAACAACAACAACAACCGCAAUGCCAGUUCCGGCGCCGCCAACAGCAGCGGCAGUACACAAGCACAAGCGCAGUUUCCGCCGUACCCAACCAAUGCUCCAGCACCUUUCCAGCAGUCGCCAGGUUGGAACCAGCCGCCGAACCACGAUCCGUUGUACUCUCCCGCUCGUGGGCCCAUAGCACCGUGGACCCCGGAUGGCAUGUCCGCCGCGAACCCUAACCUCCCGCCGCCACCGCCGUACGACCCCUCGAGGCCAGGCACGGGGACCACCAACCCCUCGACGCCCCGCGAUCCGAUAUCACCAAACCCGUCAGAGAGUGCCCUUCUCAGCGGACAGCAGCAGCAGAAUGCAGCGCACGCCCCGCGACCUCAGAGUAACUACACCAGCACCCCACAGCAAGCUCCCGCACCGGCGGCAGCUCACGUAGCCGACGCGGCGCCGGGACAAGGGGAACGGAGCGGGCCGCGCGCCUAUUUGCAAUCGAUGACGGGCGGGAUGCCGGCGUACGGCAAUAGUCCAGGACAACUUGGCCCGGUGGCGCAAGCGAGGAAGAAGAGAAAGAUGAAGCUUGGCAUUCUCGCUGGCAUACUCUGCGCUGUCUUGGUGUUCCUGAUCGCGUUGAUUGUGGGUGUGCUGGUGGGCAUCGUCAAGGUCAACCAAAAGGAUGACAAGCCGCCUCCGUCUAAUGGACCGCCGAGGCUCUUUUAA